AUGGCGUCCUCCGAUAUCCUGUCACAGACACUUCACACAAUUACCAGCGUGAAGCUCAGCCAGCUCGACAAGCAGAAGGCCUCCUAUGAGGCGGGGAAACGAGCCCUCCUGGACGAUGCGGCCCACGAGACGGACCACCGGAAGCGGGCGAAGCUCCUGGUCGACAGGUCCGAGAAGCUACCCGCCAUGAACUCCCUGGACGACAGCACCCUGGUUUCCGUCGACAACCUCAAGCGGUUCGUGCAGCAGGCCGACUACGACCCGUGCAUCUCGGAGAGCCUCCUCAAUGACUACGAGAGCGCGAUGCGCAACGAGCUCGACGUCCAGUCUGCCAAGUACCGCUAUGCCGAGCUGUACGGAAAGCUCGUGAACGAAUGGAUCUCGGCCGGGAAGGCCGCCGACCAGGACUCGGAAGCGGGCUUCGUGCCCGUCGGCAGGGAGGAGAUGCACCGCCAGCGGGCGACCUGGGAGGAGUACGUGUUCCAGGCCAAGGAGACGGACGGCCAGGCCAUCAAGAGCUACCUGGGGCGGCUCUUCGCCAGGUCCAAGGACGUCGACCGCGCCUUCGAGGCGCUGAAGGACCGCAUCGCGGCCUUCCAAGAGAGAUGGGACGGCAGGACGCACUUCAGCGAGCACUCGCUCAAGAACACGAUCCGGGGCCUGCUGCGGACCGACAUCCUGACUGACCAGAAGAGGACGACGCUCAACGACUUUCUAAGCAACGAGGUUGUGCUGAGCGAGAUCGCCGACGUGCUCAACAUGCGGAUGCAGACGCGCCAGACCUGGGCCUGGGACGAGCCGACCGUGGUUGAGCAACGGCGCCAGCUGAACGGCCGCUACCGCUUCUACCCCGACGAGGACCUCUUGCAGGCCAUCUUCAUCCACUACGUCGGCAAGCAGUGGGCCGUCGAGAUGCGCGGGGCCCUGGUCGCCUUCAUUGAGUCCCCCGGGGUCGACAAGGACGCCGCGACACGCAUGUCCAAGGAGGAGGGCCGCCGCUGGCGGUUUUUCACGAGGACCCCUGGCGCCACGGAGAGUCGCAUGUCGGUGGUGGGUCAGUUGUCCAAACACUACAAGAAGGAGGUCUUCCUGGACCAGCUGCCCGAUUCUGCGACGGAGAAGCGAGGGGGUUACGGCUCAGACGGUAAGGAGGAGGCGGACGACACGCGCAAGUCCCACGUGGCCGUCGCGCAGAACCUGCUACACCUCAUCCAGUCCGAGAUCAUCAUGCGGACGAGGCUGGGGGACGACACGACCGUCAUCCGCUCGGACCUCAAGUGGUUCGGCCCCAGUGUGCCGCACGCAUCCAUCGUCGCCGUUCUCGAGUUCUUCGGCGUCGGCGCCGAGUGGAUCGACCUGUUCCGGCGGAUCCUCGAGUGCCCUAUGCGCUUCGCCCAGGACCCGCCCGACACCGCCGCCCGCGUCCGGAAGAGGGGCACGGCCCUGUCCACGCCCCUGGCCGACUUCGCCGCCGAGACCAUGCUCUUCUGCAUGGACUUUGCCGUCAACCAGCGGGCCCACGGGUGCCGCCUGUACCGGCUGCACGACGACAUGUGGCUGUGGGGCGGCCGCGAGACAUGCCUCCGCGCGUGGGAGACGAUGACCGAGUUCGUGGCGGUCACGGGGCUCGAGUUCAACGAGGACAAGACCGGCAGCGUCAUAGAGUGGUUUGAGACACUGUCUAGAGAGACGCUCUUGGAUCCGCUCCCCGGGGGCGCGUGCACUGCGUAUAUCAUCUGGGGGGACGUCGUGUGGGGGUUCCUCAAGCUCGACCCGGCGUCCGGGCGGUUCCUCCUCGACCAGGACAAGAUCGACGGGCACAUUGACGAGCUCCGGCUGCAGCUGGACGCGUGCGGCAGCAUCUUCGACUGGAUCCAGGCAUGGAACAUCUACGGCGCGCGCUUCUUCCGGACCAACUGCGCGCAGGUCGCCAACUGCUACGGCCGGGCGCACGUCGACAGCGUGCUGGCGACGUUCCGCCGCAUCCAGACGCGGCUGUUCGGCGAAGGCGGGGCCGGCGCCUGCCUCAAGCGGAUGAUCAGCGACCGCUUCGGCAUCCCGGACGUCCCGGAUGGCUACCUGUACUUCCCCGUAUCCCUCGGCGGGCUGGGCCUCGAGAACCCGUUCGUCCACCUGUACCUGAUCCGCGACGCCGUCGCCGAGGACCCUGACACCAUCAUCGACGAGUUCUUCGCCGAGGAGGAGGACAUGUACCGAUAUUUCAAGGCGGCCUACGAGGACGACUCGGCCGGCGCCGACUCGGCCGGCAGCAGCGGUGGAAGUAGCGGAAGCAUUGCGCAGGUGCGGAUGCACCGUCGCAUGCCGGCGCAUUUCCCGGACGACACCUUCUCGGACCUGCGGAACGAGCCCUUUAUGAGCUUCGAGGAGUUCACUCGGCACCGGCGGCACACGUCGGAUACGCUGGGCCGGGCGUUCGGGCGGCUGCGGUGGGUGCCGGCGGCCAAGACGGUGGAGCUGACGAGCGAGCUGGCGGGGGCCCUCAAGGACGGGCCGACGGGCUGGAUGGACCUCGGCGACUACGAGCGGUGGGUCUGCGCGCUCUACGGCCGAGACAUGAUUGCGAGAUUCGGCGGUCUAACGGUCGUCGACAAGGGCGUCCUGCCAACGGGCCUGCUCGACAUGUUGAGGCAGAGCCGGUUCAGGUGGCGCGGCUGA